AUGGCAUCUCAACUUCAUCGUGUCAUUGAGUUUUCGAGAUGGCUUGAUAGUUCCUGGUGCCUAUUGGGAUCUAAAUUGAGAUUCAAUAAAAAAGCUUUCGAAUUGGAGAAAUAUUUAAACCUUUCAUUCCUUCACUCUCAUCUUGGAAAAAUUCCUCAAACCUUAUCAACACGUUUACUUCAAUUCUUGAUUUUCUUGACGCUUUUUCUUGAAAAAACAAAAUCAAAUUAUAACAACGACCUAACCACUCACGCCGCAAGACACUCUAUCCCAUCACAUCAUUCCUCCAUCUUGUACUAUCAUACCACCCUUACACACAAAACCUCAACCCCCCGCCAAAAUAAACCCAACAUGAACUCCACACGUUCAUUUUCAUCCCCGGCUUCUCAAACCGCUGUAGCUAUCUCUCCACUGGGCAAAGAGAACACGCCUGUCUCUUCAGUCAACGGCGUGGCUGGAACAAGCCAUGGGAAAAAUCCCUCAAAUAUCAAUCAACCUCUUCCUAGACACCACUCGGUAGAUCGGAUGAUGAGCACGCCGCCAGCUAAACCAUCUAGGACCCGCUCCAGUCCUAGUUCCACCGGACUCGUCAAAGGUGAAGAUGAGACCCGUCGACGUCGCGGCAACAGUCUCGCCCGCUCGUUACCAGGGCCGUUCAGUCGAUUAUUUCACCUGGAUGACAAAGAGGCCGACAAUGGUGACGGAUUAGAUUUCUCGUGCUGUGGCGAGGCUCCUCUCAGGCCUCCACGUCGAGCCGGAUGGCUUGGGACUCUCGAAGAAGCGCUACCAAGUCGCGCUGCUGGGAAGGCCGACGUUGCUGUCAGCGGACAGAUCUCCCAAGCUUCUGGCGCCUUGGGUGUAUUAGGAAGCCCAUGGUGUCCCGACAACAGUCGCGGCCAGGAGAGGGAUCUAGCCGCCGCGACUUCACCUUUUGGAGAGUCACUACCCCCUCUCGCUUCCUCGGGCUCAUCCCCAGCUUCGGCUGAAGCUUCCUUGGCCUCUCCCAGCUACUUCAGAGGUCGUCGCAUCGUCGGAGGCUCUCCUGACGACUACGUUGCAUCAAAGGAGACCUCUCACACCUGUUACUCUACUCCGCCUCGAAAAAACCUGGCAAAGGGCUUUGGAGCUUCAAACGCUGGUCCAGCUCAUCGGCUGAAAAUCUCAAUCGACUCCAUCUCGGCCCCAAUUUUACGAGAUGUCAAUACCAGUGCGAUGAACGUUCCUAAAAAGCAUAAAUAG